AUGGUUUCUGCGCAGGAUCAGGGUGAUAUCGGCGGGGCCAGCAACAGCCGGAGUGGAAGUGAUAGUGAGACAACCCUCCAGGGAGGAAUUGGGGUUGAAUCAUCUGGGGUUGGAAACGGGGAGGGCAGCAGUAGCACCAGCCAGAAUGCCAGCGCCAACAUCAGCGCAACUGCGACACCUCUACCGGAGCAACCGCUACUUGCGCCACAGAUCCCCCACCUUCAGCUUCCAAAGGGAAAAGAGAAGAAGCGAGUUGGCUUCCUUAGCGAUAGACCACCAGGACAGGCCGGUGGCCCACCAGCCCCCCAGGUAGUCGUCACUCCGGAUGGACAGGAGCAUGCUGCACAGGAUUACUUCUCCUCGCCCAUCCACGACUACGACUUUGCCACGACCCCUCCGCACCACACCUUCGGCCCUCCAGCAAAACGCGACUCCUUUAAUAAAGAUGAGGUUACGGCUGCCCUAGCCGAGAUCUUGAGGCCCGAGCUUAACAACCAGGCCGGUUCCGCCCAUCCCGUUCGGCCACGUCCUGUUCUUCGAAAAAACACGACAACUGUUCCCGAUCCUCAACCCGAUAUGCUCAAGCCUCCCCAUCGAUCCGAGGUGGAAGCACGUAACCGCGCCGACAAGCUUGCCCACGCCGUCGGCACUUCAUCAGUCGGUGCGUCUCGAAGAAACUCGUUUGCUGGCAAUGAUAGCGACUCUGGAGACGAAACUACCCUCAACGGAAACGUACCGCCAAUUGGCAUCUCUAUCAGUCGCGACUUUGAGGCGCAGGAUCAAGACGACUCCCACAGUCUCCGGGCUCGCAGGAAAUCACAGCAAGUUGCCAAUGAUCUGGUCCGGAAGCAUACACGCCGCAUCAGCGCUUUCAACGCUCUCAGCCGCCCACAAACCGCCCAGAGCACGCACGUGUCUGGAACUGCAACGCCAAUUCCUCACGACCUGGACUAUGUACCUCGCCCAGACAAGUAUAGGGGUGGUAUUCUGGGGAACUUGCUCAAGUUAUACAACGCAGAAGAGACGGCAGGCGCAGGAACGUCUGGUGGCUCCAGUACCAUGACCACCCCAAGUCAGACACCGAACAGAACGCCAACAACGACUCCUCCUACCUCGAGGCCCAGUACUCCCAAGACGGACAAGGAUCGGGGAAGAAGCCGCGGGUUUCGAUCAUCGUCCACAUCGAGGCUCAUGGAAUCGUCCUUCAUGUUUGCUGUCCCCGGUGCCGGAAAAGAGGUAGCCGAAGCUACGGAAAAGGCUAAGCAGGAAAAGGACAAGACCAAAAGACGGUCGAGAUCGAGACUCCGAGCCGACAAGCAAAAGCUGGAGGAGUUCCGCAUCACCAAACACAUUGCAGAGAUUAUCAGCCGCCAUCGGUACCUCUUGAAGCUGUGCAACGCGUUGAUGAUGUAUGGUGCACCCACACAUCGCUUGGAAGCCUACAUGAGAAUGUCCGCCCGCGUCCUUGGCAUCGAAGGCCAAUUCAUGUACCUGCCGGGAACCAUGAUCAUUUCAUUCGACGACAGCAACACUCACACUACCGAGAUGAAAAUUGUGCGCAGUAAUGCCGGCGUCGACCUCGGCAAAUUACGCGACGUUCACGAAGUCUACAAACAGGUCGUACAUGAUCUCAUCAGCGUCGAUGAGGCUACAACGCGAUUGAACGACAUUACGAAUCGGAAGAACAAGUAUCCAACUUGGCUGCGUGUUCUACUCUUUGGUAUAGCUUCCGCGACGGUGGCCCCUUUUGGUUUUGAGGGUCGGUACAUCGACAUGCCUAUCGCCUUCAUUCUCGGAUGCAUGGUUGGCAUCUUGCAGCUUUAUAUUGCGCCUGCGAACGAGCUGUACGCAAACGUUUUCGAAAUCACGGCUGCUCUCCUCACCUCCUUCUUUGCGCGUGUUUUCGGAUCGCUCCAAAAUGGAGACCUGUUUUGCUUCUCCUCACUUGCACAGUCUUCAAUUGCUCUGAUUCUUCCGGGUUACAUGGUUCUUUGUGCAAGCUUGGAGCUACAAAGUCAUUCCAUGAUAUCCGGUUCGGUCCGCAUGGUUUACGCACUCAUCUAUUCGCUGUUCCUUGGCUAUGGCAUCACUAUCGGAUCCGUUAUUUACGGAUACAUGGACCACAAUGCAGUCAGUACCGUUCAUUGCAAGAUUGGUUCUGAGUGGUACAGCAAACGGCCAGACCAGAACUAUUACAUUUUGUUUGUGUUGCCUUUUACGCUGUGUCUAUGUGCCAUCAAUCAGGCCAAGUUCAAGCAGCUUCCAGUCAUGGUUAUCAUCUCCCUGGCAGGCUACUGCGUGAACAGCUUUUCAUCUAGGUACUUUUCAGGAAACACGACCCUUUCCAACUCAUUGGGUGCUCUCUGCAUUGGAGUCCUGGCAAACCUGUAUUCACGGGUGGGCCGUGUAGUACAAAAUAAGUUCCUCGAUUGCUGGGAAAAGAUCUUUGAGCCGCGCAUCGCUCGUCUCAAGGGGAAGCACAGGCGCUUAUAUUCCACGGAAGGAGGAUCCAACAGCUCCUUCCGAAAGGACCAAGACCCUGAAUUGGGCCUGCCGGCAGAAAAAUCCUCCGCAGCCCCUCACAAACACACUCGCCAGAUUGGAUACGGGCUUGCCGCUGCCGCCAUGUUACCCGCCAUCUUCGUACAGGUCCCCUCGGGCCUGGCCGUCAGCGGCUCGCUCCUCAGUGGCGUGGCGAGCGCCGACCAGAUCACUCGCAACGAGACGCUCUCCGCCGAUGGACAGACGUUCACCCGGGGCGCGCAAACGGCAGACCUGAACAGCACGGCUUUCAACGUCUUAUUCAGCGUCAUUCAGGUCGCUAUCAGCAUCUCGGUUGGGCUAUCUCUGAGUGCUCUGAUUGUUUAUCCAUUUGGAAAGAGGCGGAGCGGUCUCUUCAGUUUCUAGAGUUUAACCUUUUUACAUUACAAGCACAUAAAGUUGGAGUUGUGCGAGACGGAGAAGGAGAGAGAAUUUCCCCAUAGCAAACAUCAUGGAUGGAAAAUGACUGGAGGCAUAAAGAUAUGCUC